CUGUAAUAGAUAGUCAAGAGUAUUCUUAAUUUCAUUUCACUUCAAAAUGUCCCACAAUACAAUUGUGACAAAAUUAAUUUUAGUAGUGGUUUAUUUAAGUAAUACAAUAUUAUGUGGAGAUAGUAAUAAUUCCGUAUCAUCCUUAGUUUCAGAUGCUUUGAUGAUAAUUAACAAUGAUUUACCAUCAUAUAAAGAUCUAAGUAACGGCUUAGAGACAGCCGUAGAAAAUAUUUCCGAUCUUCAUGCGGAUAUAAUAGAAAUUAUUGAAAACAACGGUUAUGAAGCUGAAAAACAUAACGUGACAACAAAAGAUGGAUAUAUUCUUGGUGUUCAUAGAAUCCCAGGUAAAGGAGAGCCCAUAUUUUUGAUGCACGGAUUGUUAUUGAGUUCAGAUGACUGGGUUACACCACAAAAAGAGCGAGGACUUGCCUUUUUACUUGCCAAUGAUGGAUACGACGUGUGGAUGGGUAACGCAAGAGGCAAUGUCCACAGUCGUCAUCAUGAACAUUUGUCUCCAGAAAGCGACGAAUUCUGGGAAUUCAGCUGGGACGAAAUCGGCCGGUACGAUUUACCAGCGAUGAUAGACUAUGUGCUCGAAGUAACAGGAAGAACACAAUUACAAUUUAUUGGUCAUUCGCAAGGUACAACAUCGUUCUUUGUCAUGUGUUCGGAGUUGUCAGAGUAUAAUGGAAAAAUCAAAAAAAUGAUUGCACUGUCAGCUGUCGCUUGGUCGAGUCACGUUAGGAGUCCUAUAGUGAAACUUAUUUCUCCUAUCGCACCACUAGCAACCUUACUCAACAUACACGAGUUCUUGCCAAGAAACGAAAUUAUGAAUGUUAUAACAACAGCCGCGUGUGGUACUCCAGAAUCAGCCGCUGUAGUUUGCAACACAAUAAUUUCUCUGUUCUGUGGCUUUGAUAAUAGUCAAAUCAAUUUCGAAGUUAUAGCAACGAUAUUUCAACAUUUCCCAGCUGGGUGUUCUUUAAAACAACUUCUCCAUUAUGCACAAAUUAUCACUUCGGGUUAUUUCAGACCGUAUGACUAUGGAAUAGUUCUCAAUUUGGCAAAAUAUGGUUCAUCUAAACCUUCUGAUUACGACGUCAGUAAUAUAGAUGCCCCUGUAUAUAUAUUGCAUGGACAAAAUGACUGGUUUUCAAACAUAACAGAUGUGGAAAUUUUGAUAGACAAGCUGCCUAAUUUUAAAGAAUUGUUCGUUGUUCCGUGGAAAUCAUUCAACCAUAUGGACUUUUUGUAUUCCAAAGAUAUCAAAACUUUAGUCUAUGAUAAGCUGAGUUCGAUUUUGAAAAUUAAUUAAAAUUAGUUGGUGAUAAAAAUUUCAUUCACCGCUAUCUCGGUAAGAAGGCAUUUUGAUUACGAAGCUAAAUUAAUUUUAUCAAAAUUGAAAACAAUCGAAUGAAAUGUACAAUUUGUUAGAUAAUAAAAACAUAAA